AUGGAUGAUAAUAAUUUAUAUGAUAUAUCAUUAACUUCAACAACUAAACGAUCGGUAUGUCAAUCACCAUUACCACCACCGACAUCACAAGUUCCCCUUCUUCCUCCUCCAUUAUCACGUAACUCAUCAAAUAAUUUCAGUACUACUUCUUUAUCAUUAGCAUCACCUUCAUCUUCUAUACCGAAAAGAGUCCCAUCAUUACCAACAUUGAAUGAAACUACUAAUUCUUCUACUCUGAUUAAACGUCCUGGUGAUUAUUAUAUUCAGAAAAUAAAUUCAUCGAAAAGUUCAUUAAAUUUUUCUCCUCAACAACAACAACAUCAUCAUCAUCAUCAACACCAACAAUUAAUGAUGAAACAAAGAAUGUCGACUGAUUCACUCACGUCUGCCCAAUCAUCAAUAUCAGAUGAUCAUUCAAUUAUUUCAUCUCAAUUUGAUGGGGUGGCUAGUACUAGUUCAACAGCAGCAUCAACAAAUACUCCUGAUUCAAGAUUAAAUUCCAUGACUUCUGAUUCUUUUAAAGAUAGUACAGUGAUUCUUGAUUCUAAUUUAGAUCUGCUGAGUACCAUAUCUCAACCAAAUGCAACCGCCACCACUACUAAUCAAGCACUACAACAACCACCACCACAACCACAACCACCGCUGCAUAAACCCAAUAUUAAAUCAUCGUCAGCUUCACAUAUACCUACAAUUACCCCCAAAAUUAGAAGAGCUCAUUCAAUUUCUGCCAUGCAAACAUUAACUCGUACCAAAAGUAAAUUCAUUUCAUCUAGUGAAGCUAAACAACGACAAAAAUUACGUAAAAAGAAAUAUGAUGAAAAUGAUAAUGAUGAUUACGAUGAUGAAGAGAUUCUGGAAGAAUUUUUAUUUAAUGUCCCUAUAAUUAAAAAUAAAGCAGAAUUAUAUUCAUUAACUGCUGCCAAUUCAAGUAAAACAUCUCAUGAAAACUAUGGUAAUGGUAAUGGUAAUGGUAGUAAUCAUGGUUCGGCUAAUUCAUCAUCAGUGACUAUAUUAUCAAGAAAUGAUCUUGUUUCUGAUCGUGAUCAAUAUUGUACUAUAAAACCAUGUCCAUUACCUGGGAAAUUAGGAUCACUGACGGAUUUAUUAGCCAGUGUUGGUAAUAGAUCAACGUCACACAACGAUGAAAGUAUUAUCGAGGAAGAAGAAGAAGAAGAAGGAGAGGAGGAGAAGGAGAAGGAGGAAGAGGAUCGUACUGAACAAGGACAUCAACAGGAUGAAGUUGGAUUAGGAAUUGUUAAUGAUGAUACAACAAUUAUAUCUAAUAUAUCAACUUAUUAUAAUCAACAGGUUGAAAUGAAGAAUAAAUUAGCUCGUCAAAAUGUCAUGUAUAAAAUCCCUAAUUUUAUUAAAUCUAAUAGUUCAUUAGAAGAUCUUCAUUUAAUAUCACUUGAAAAAUUAAGUGUUAUUGAUUCAACUAGACCAAGUCAUUUACCACCAAAAUCAAUGGAUGAAAGGAAAAAACAUAAUCAACAAAUUGAUAAGAUUUUACAUAAUAAAAACAAUAGUUCACCCCAUUUGAUUAAAUCACCAACAACAAGAACUAGCUUUAAUGGGAGUGACUCCCUUAGUAACAAUGAUGUUGUUGUUGUGUAUAAUCAAGAAUUUAUUAACUUGGUGGAAGAAUUACAACAAGCAACGGAUUCGAAAACAUUUAGUAAGAAAUUCCAAUCUCAACGUGAUAUGAUUAGAACAUUUGCAUGGACUCUGAAUAUUCCUAAUGAUCAAUGUUUCCAAUUUUUAUUAAAAAUUUUGUCAUUGAACCAAAGUUGUCAAGAUUCUUUAAACACGAUAAAAAAUUCAUUUUUAUUAUUUGAAACCAAAUUUAAUAAUUUACCUGAAUUUAUAAAAUCUAAUAAAAUGAUGGAAUUUAAUAAAUUAUGUCAAGAAAUAAUGACAAAACCAUUAUUUAAAACCAUCCCUUUGGAGGAACAAGUUGAAUUUAUGGAUAAAUUAAAACUGAUUUGGAAUAUUAAAGCUAUAUCAGAAUCAGGGUUAAAUCAAGAUGAAAUAUUUUUAAUUUCUAUAUUAUUAAAAGUUUUCCCACAGAAAUCAUGUCAAGAUAUUUAUUGUUUAUUAGAAUUGAUUAAUCAAGAAGUUUUGACCAAAGAAUUUAAACAAAAAUUUAAUAAUAAUUUAUUGAAAUGGAAUAAUUUAAAUCAAUUAUAUAAAUUUCAAAUCAUUCCUGGUGAAUUUCAAAAUUUAUCAUUUAAUUCAAUCUUACAAAUUUUAUUACAAUUUAAUGAUCAAUUACCAUUAAGUUUAAGUGCUCCAUCAACACCAAUAAUUGGAGCACCAUCACCAUCAAUAGAUACUACAUUUAUCUCAGCCACCACCCCUUCUCCAGCUGAACUAAAAUCUUGUUCAACUCAAUUAAUUAUUAAAUUAUUUACAUUAUUAAUAAUUUAUUCAUUUUCUUAUAAGACAAAAUUGAAAAAUAAUAUAAAAAUUCUAGAAACUUUUAUAAUGAUAAUUUUCAAUUAUUAUCAUUUGAAUUGGAAUAAUUUACUGCAAUUAAUUAAAGAAAAUAAAUCAAUUAAAUUGAAUUAUACUGCUGAUCAAUUAAUUAAUUUGAAUUCAUUUGUUGAUAAAUGGAAAUAUGUUUUUAAAAGAAACUAA